AUGAGGGCAAUGUGCAUGUUCGUCGCUCGAGCGUCGAGUACGCUUUCAAAUGGGAGUUCAACGCCCGUCUUUGACAAGGCUAUUGACAAUAGCAUAAAGAGGUUCAAGGAGUUCUUCCCCGACACGACCGGGCCGACGUAUCGCCUUUUCUACACGGGAUCCUCCAGAGCCAAUCCCGGGGCGCAUCUUUCAGUCAUCUUGAUCGUACGAAGCUGCGACGGUCUGACCGCGGAUCGCAAACACCUAUCUGAGGCACUACACAUCUUCAACCGGAAUCCAUUCGCGAUGGUAGUGGAGACUCACACUGAAUUCGUGCAGCUAGACACAACAGAGCUGCUAAACAUGCUAGAUCACAAUGAUCACGACACAAACAGAGAUCCUCAUGGUCCAACUAUCGAAUUCCUGUAUACGAUUGACAUGAUCCAACGGGCAAAGGAGCAACUGGCAGCUGCAUGGCACGAGAUGAAGAUGUGGACAACUGGUCGCAACAGGUUGCUCCCAGAUAUCCCAAUGGAUACCAGAUCCAACUCCCAUGAAGUGUUGCUUUUUACACAGCCAAAUGAACGAAGGCCACCAUAUGGCACAAAACAUCAGAUCUCGCGAAGGAAAAAAGAUGAGCUCCGCCCCGGCUGUGGGGUCAUAUAUGCACUACCGAAACGUGCAUAUGUACACAUGCAUAUGCAUCACCCAGAACUGCGCACACCAUUCCAAGAGUGGCCCACUGGUAUCUGCGAAGCGGGGAUGAACCUGAGAUGCUCUUCUCGUGGAAUGACAUGGGAAGGAGGACUGGCGAAACGACACCUUGCCAGUCAACAUCGGAGGAGGCAUCCGAUAUACGAUGGGCCAUGGGAGAUUGUUCCUCAAGCGGCGGUUGACGAGCUCCCGUUUUCCUCUUUUUCAUCUGAUGAUGAGCAAGGCAACGACAAAGAGAAAGGGGAUGAUGAGUCGAGUGUUUGCUCAUUUGAGACGGCAAUGGAAGGAUGA